CCUUUCAGCACCCCACGCGCUUGCUCCUCGACAGCGAGUAUAAAACCAGCAGUCCGCGAGUUUGCCAUAUCACAGCAAGCUGAUAUACUACAAACAAGCACCCUGAACCCUCAGACAAAGCCAGCAAUCAUGAAUUUUGCGCUCCAGCUACUUUGUAUUACGUUUGUGGCAUAUACUGCACAGAGCAAGAAAUAUGAUGCCGAGAUGUUGAAGAAUUUUCUGGCUGACAUGCUACGGUACGACAUGGAAAACGAUGAAUCAACAAAGAGAACAUUCGCAUUCGAUGAGCCGUGCGAGAACUUCCGGGACGUUCGCCCAAACGCAUGCAAGGAACUUGCAGAGAUGGAUAAACACUACUGCAGUGACUACCCCUCACAGGCGAAGCGCUUCUGCAAGCGAACCUGCAGCCCAUGUGGCCCAGCAAAGGAAAAAGCACCAGGUCCCUCAGCUGAGUGUGAAGACUUGCGCAAUGACUGCAAGUUCAUGAUUCCCUUGUACAGGAAAGAGUACAAUCAGGAUCCCUGUGUCACUUACCCGUCCUACACGUACAAAUACUGCCGGAAGUCCUGCGGCCAGUGCAUUGGACCUAUUCGAGUUUAAAGAGCGAGUCUUAUGUUAAUAACAGAAAAUACACCAAGCACCAGAAUAUAUGCUCAAAGAUAGCUUGUAUGGUGCAAGAACAAAAUGGCUGAAAGAUCAUUGUCGCUGUCAUAAAAAGUUCAGCUUUUGAAAUUCGAAGUCAAUAUAAGUACAUAAAAAAAUUGCAUAAAAACAAUUAAAACUCUUGGCAAAGGACAGGAAAAACAUUGCAUAUCAAUAGAUCCUUUCAGAUAUAAUUUUAUAUUAACAUUUCGCGUGCUGUGUGCCAAAAUUGUAAGACAAAAAAAUUAAUUUGAUUAUAAUAAAAGUUGCAUUACCAAUAA